UUUAAAGUUCCCGGGCCCUUGCACAUUCUGGGUUUUUUCUGCCAGAAACUCCCAUCUUCCCCUUGUUCACCUGCCUACUUCCUUAUCCUCUUUCUCGGCUUUAACGAUACUUCCUCCAGGAUCCUUCCUCCCCUGUACCCAGGCCAAAGGAGUCCAAGGUGGUCUCCAGUAUUUUCCUCAGUCAUAGCACUGAACAUGCCAUGGGCUCACGACCUGUUCUAAGUUCCACGGACCAGAAACUGUUACCUGCCUGCCAGUGCACUCCCCAGCACCCAGCACUUGGCACUUAGCAAGUGUUCAAAAAAUAAUAUGAUCUUUGGAAGAAUAAGUGAACAGAAUGACAUCUGGUUCUAUAUAAGGAGGACCUUUCUAACAGUGGUGGUUGAAUAAUAAUGGGACUGGGCAGCCUCAUAAGGUAAUGAGCCUCCUGUUACUGAAUGUAUGCAAACAGGAGUUUGAUGACCACCUCUCAGGGAGGCUGUGGGGAGAGAUCCAUACGGAGCCUAAGAGUAGUGGAGAAUACAAGACCUCAAAAGAUCUCCUAGUUCUGGCCCUGUGGGUAUGGCCCAGGGUAACUUUCCUUCACUGAGCUUCAGACUACCCAUCUGUAAAAUGGAGAUGCUAGACCAGAUUUCGGAGCAACCCUCCUCCAGACCCUCAUGGCUCUGACAACCCGUGGUUUUGUGAACACCUGCUUUGUACCCAGUCUUGUAAGCCAUUUGCCAAAGUACAGGUUAAGAUUCAGCCAAUGUUUGGUGAAUGGGUGAGUGCUGAAUGAAUGAACAAAUGAGGUGUGUCUUUGUUGCCCCAACACCCUGCUGGGAAGCUGAAUGAAGAGUCAUUAAAGCUUUGAGAUUACACAGACUUGGCCUUAAAUCCCAGCUCCCCUAUUUCCUAGCUGUGGAUUUUGGGAAAGUCUAUUUGCCUCAGUUUCUUCAUCUUGAAAAUGGACCAUUCUUGUCCACUAAGAGCCUCCUCCCCAGGAUGUUGUGAGGGUGAGAUGUGACCCCUUGUAAGGUGCCUAGAACAGGAUGGAGGAUACAGUGGAACUUCAAGAAAUGAGAGCCCUGCCCCUUCUGUACAGAGGGAGGGCAGGCAGUAUGUGUUCCAUUCAAAGCUAUUCCCAUACCCCUCUCUCCUGUGCCAUUUAAAAAGGGGAGGAGCUACCAUCAGAGAGAUUUUACUUGUUUGAUUUUAUAACUAGCGAUAUCUGCCCUGCUAGGGACUGAUAGCUAGGUCUUUUGACGGGAAGGGACAAUAAAUUUUUGACCUACUGCUGCCCUCUGGAUAAAAAAUCAAAACACAGCUCACUAGGGGAGUUGCUGAGAUUACCAGGCCUGUAGCGUGAGAAAAGAACAGGAUGUGGAACUCAGGAGACCUGGGCUGCAGGGCCCUACACUCAGAAAACUCUGGCAAGCUGUAUGACUUGGGGAAAGUAACUCAGCCUCUCUGGGUCUCAGUUUUCCCCGUUUGCCUAUGUCCUGUGUGUGAGGCAGGCUCAAAUGAGAUUGUAAAAGCUUGUGAACACUGUAGAAACAAUAAUCAUUGUGUAACUUAUUAUCCUCUUAGUCCCUCCUCUGUGCAAAAUUUGUGAUUAAAUUCGUAUUAAUUGCUCCUGUUUUACAUAUGAGAAAACCUAGGCUACUCGAGGUCAGAGGUCAGAUUUCAUCCCAGAUCACUCGGCUUCUCUUGGCCUCGGUUUCCUCACAGGAGAGAUGGGCUUCCUACUGCCGCGUAAUGACUUUGGAAAGUUAGAGUGCUGGGUAUAAAUCAGGGGAUAGAUUGGGGCCAGCCUGGGUCUCCGGAGGGUUGGGAGGAUUCAAGGAGGGUGUAGGCCCCUCCGGAUUGGGGACGAUCCCUUAGGGGGCCGCGGGCUUGCCCAGGCCUACCCAGGAUUCCCAAAUCCCUCAUGGAGCGAAGGGCCCGGGACUCCCGGGCGGCUCAGGGAGCAGGCGGGGCCGGAGGCGGGGCGGCGGCAGGAAGGGGCCGGAGCGGCCUGGGCCCGGCGGAACCCCGCGAAGCCCGGUUGCCCUCGUCCAGGCACCGCGGGCCGCACGAGAACCCCGGGGAGCGGGGCGCCCCAGAGUGCACUUCGGGGCGCAGGAGGCAGACCCGCGCCAGGGGGUGAAAGAGGCGCCGGCAGAGUCGCGGGACCCUCCACAGGCAAGGGCGGGGCCUCCGCGGCGCCCCUCCCUCCCUCAAUCCCGGCCCCGCCCCGCCCCCUCCCCGCGCGGGGCUGGGGUUCGCCUCCCUCCCCAGCCCGGGACCCAGCGUCGCGAGCUCCCCCCGGGGUGCCAUGGCCUCGCGGCUCCUGCACCGGCUGCGGCACGCCCUGACCGGCGACGGCCCCGGGGAGGCAGCGGCCGGCCCCGAGGCCGAGCAGUUCCCGGAGAGCUCGGAACUGGAGGACGACGACGCCGAGGGCCUGUCGUCCCGCCUCAGCGGCACCCUGAGCUUCACCAGUGCCGAGGACGACGAGGACCAGGACGACGAGGACGACGAGGAGGCUGACCCCGACCCACUGCCCGAUGGUGACCGGGCGGCGGGAGAAGACGCAGGCACAUCCUGUGCUCAUGCAGAACGGAGUCCCCCACCUGAUGGGCAGCGGGGUAGUCAGCUUCUGACACGGCAGUUGCAAGAUUUCUGGAAGAAGUCCCGGAACACCCUGGUACCCCAGCGGCUGCUCUUUGAGGUGACCAGCGCCAACGUGGUCAAGGACCCGCCCUCCAAGUACGUGCUCUACACCCUCGCCGUGAUGGGCCCGGGGCCACCGGGUCGCCAGCCAGCCCAGAUCUCCCGCCGAUACUCGGACUUUGAGCGGUUGCACCGAAACCUGCAGCGGCAGUUCCGGGGCCCCAUGGCUGCCAUCUCCUUCCCCCGCAAGCGCCUGCGCCGGAACUUUACCGCAGAGACCAUCGCCCGCCGCAGCCGGGCCUUCGAGCAGUUUUUGGGCCACCUCCAGGCAGUCCCUGAGCUGCGCCAGGCCCCGGACCUGCAAGACUUCUUUGUGCUGCCGGAGCUGCGGCGGGCGCAGAGCCUCACCUGCACUGGCCUCUACCGCGAGGCCCUGGCGCUCUGGGCCAAUGCCUGGCAGCUACAGGCCCAGCUGGGUGUCCCCUCAGGCCCAGACCGCCCUCUGCUGACCCUGGCGGGGCUGGCUGUGUGCCACCAGGAGCUGGAGGACCCUGGGGAGGCCCGGGCAUGCUCUGAGAAGGCCCUACAGCUGCUGGGGGACAAGAGCCCUCACCCUUUUCUGGCACCCUUUCUGGAGGCCCACGUGCGGCUCUCCUGGCACCUGGGCCUGGACAAACACCAAUCAGAGGCCCGGCUCCAGGCCCUGCAAGAGGCAGGCCUGACGCCCACGCCACCCCCGAGUCUCAAAGAACUACUCAUCAAGGAGGUGCUGGACUAACCACACCUAGACUUAAGGCCACUGUGGGGAGAGGCACUGCCCCAGGAUGGGAAGUGGGGUAGGGGCGGAUGAGGACACGGACAGCAGUUGGGAGGUGACCAGGGGUGCUGGGAACCCCUAGAAGUUCCACAAAGGAUUUGUAGCAGACGGAAGAAAUGUGCUUCUUCUGUUGAGCUGGGCUCAGGACAAGCUUUGGCUAGGACGGUGCAGGGAGAAGGUCUGGUGCGGCCUCUCAAGCUUAUGAAUUCUGGGGGCUGCGCCCCAGGUCAGGGUCAACAGUCCCUUUUCCUUGGGCCUCCGAGCCAGCCUGGCUAAGGGCCAGGAAGUCUGGCCCAGGAGUCCUGGGGUUGAUGGCUGGAGGGAGGGCUGCAGUUCCGGCCAAGGGGGAUUAAAAGCCAGCAGCUCCA